GAGGCCAUCUCGAGGAUUAGCCGCGGGAUCAAGGGAAAAUCCCAGCACCCUUCAUCAUCUUCUCGGAGAAAAAAAGAACAAGGCAGCACUCAAAUCAAUCAGCCACGCUGCACUGUUAUUAACUACGAUGGCGCCCAAAGUCCUCGUCGUCCUCACCUCGGUCGGCUUCAUAGAAUCGGCCAACAAGCCAACCGGCUGGUACCUGCCCGAGUUCGCGCAUCCUCACGACGUGCUGACCAGCAAGGGCGCCGAGAUCGUGGUGGCGUCGCCGAAGGGGGGCGCGUCGCCGCUGGACCCGCUGUCGGUGGAGCUGUUCAAGGGGGACGCGUCGGCGUCGGCGUUCUACCAGACGCAGCGCGCGCUGUGGGAGCAGACGGCGCCGCUGGCGUCGUUCCGGGGGCGGGCGGGCGAGUUCGCCGCGCUGUUUUUCCCGGGCGGGCACGGGCCCAUGUUCGACCUGGCGACGGACGCGGAGUCGCACGCGCUGAUCAACGAGUUCGUCGACGCCGGCAAGCCCGUCGCCGCCGUGUGCCACGGCCCCGCCGCGCUCGCUAACGUCGUCCUGACCGGCCCCGCCGCCACCCCCGGCCAGACCCUGCUCGCCGGCCGCCGCGUCACCGGCUUCACCGACGCCGAGGAGGCCCAGGUCGGCAUGACUCAGCACAUGCCCUUCUCCCUCGAGGCCCGCCUCGCCCAGGCCGGCGGCCUCUUCGAGAAGGCGACGGAGCCCUGGGCCCCCCACGUCGUCGUCGAAAACGGCGGCAAGCUCAUCACGGGCCAGAACCCGGCCAGCUCGGUCGGUGUGGGCGAGGCGAUCGCGAAGGCGAUCGGGUUAUGAGGGGGGAGACUCCUCGCCCCUCCAAGUCGGGGUGGUCGUUUCUACGGAAGACUUCGAAGUAAAAUGGAAAAAUUUAUGCGUGCCUGUGAAACCUGCGUCUUGAAGGUAC